AUGGGUGAGUUGUACUAGUGUCCCAGCUUGUAAGCACAAGCAACGAUGAUGUGCUGAUCCUCCACCUGCCCCCACCUGCUUCCACUUGCCUCGACUCCCUGCCCUGUCUUGCCCUGUCCUCUUUUGCUUCGCUUGGACGUCGCCGCGCGCUGCCCCUGCCUGCCUGCCUGCCCUUUGCCUGCUGUCCCUGGUGCUCUACGGCGCGCCCUGCGGCUCCACAGCUCCUUCCAACAACAACUCUGGCGAGCGCGAUGCUCUGCUCGGCAACAACAACAACCGACAACACACGUACCAUGUGAGUGCUGUUAAUUGCACCUGUAUCGUCAUCGACCGCGCAGCGACGUCGUUCCGGGGUCAGCGGGACUGUGAGCGGCUCGCUCGGGAAGCCCCACCCCCUUCGCCCUGCGUCAUCGCAGGUGCGCAGGCGCAUGAUGCCUGCCGCUCGUCAGGGUGGUCACCGGUCACCAUUCGCCUGUGCGCAGCAGCUCGGCCCGGUCACCACCAUGUAUUAUCAUCUUCCCCCGUGCAAAAACCACAUGUACCGAGCAAUUUCGAGAAACUUGUGAACUGACAUAUCGAUUAGGUGCCGAAUGCGGUCUCACCCAAUCCGGCCCAUUUGCCCUUACCACAGGACGACCUCGGCAAUGGGGCACAAGGCGAUAUCGGCGUCGUUGCUUCUUUGAAGGCGUUAUUGUUCUCGGGAUGGCUCAACAUCCUGCUCGUGGCGGUACCUCUGUCGUUCAUCUCUCAUUUUGCCAAGUGGGGUCAGUCCGUCAAUUUUCGAUCCGACCGAGAUUCCAUGCACCCCGUGUCCGGCCCGACGGAGAGGCUGACGUUGGCUUUGCGUUGUGCUACAGGUGCGACCGCGGAUUUCAUCAUCUCCUUCAUUGCCAUCAUUCCCCUCGCUUCUUUGCUCGGCGAUGCGACCGAGCAAUGCGCUCUCAAACUUGGGCAAACGCUUGGUGGCUUGAUGAAUGCUGUCAGUUGUAGUUGAAUUCUUUCACCAAGCUCAUUGCGCUGUCAAACUGAACUUUACUUCCCUGCAUCGAUUCACUAGACUUUCGGAAGUACGUGGUAUAGGGAUCGUAUAUCGAAGGGAGAGUGUCAGUGGCUGACCAACCGAGUAUGCUCCUCCGACAGACGCUGUCGAGGCCAUUGUCGGCAUCUUGGCCCUCACCAAGGGUGAAUUGCGCAUCGUCCAAACCUCCAUGCUUGGCUCGAUCUUGUCCAACAUUCUCCUCGUUCUCGGCUGCUCGUUCCUCGCGGCGGGGUACAAGUUCAAGGAGUCCAACUUCCAGGUCACGGCUGCGCAGGCUUCGUCGUCGCUCAUGGUCCUCGGCACGACGACGCUCGUCAUCCCUGCCGCCUACCAUGUGAGCCGCAAGGAGGCCAACGGCGACUCGUUCACGACCUUGUUGACCGCCGUUGGGGACAAGACCAAGGUUUUCGACGGCCUCUUGACCAUCUCGCGCGGCACAGCAAUCAUCCUGUUGGUCUGCUACGCCUUCUAUCUCCUUUUCCAACUCAAGACGCACGCGUACCUGUUCGAGGACCCCCAGGACCACGAGGAAGAGGAGGCCAAGAUGAACGUCACCACUGCUGUUGCCUCGCUGUGUGUCGUCACAGUUAUCACCUCGUUCUGCGCCGAUUACCUCGUUGGUGCGAUCGACGAGUUCGCCGAUCAAUACAAAAUCCCCAAGUCCUUCAUUGGUCUCAUCUUGAUCCCCAUCGUCGGUAAUGCGGCGGAGCACGUCACGUCGGUUUGGAUGGCAAUGAAGGGAAAGAUGGAGAUCACGAUCGGUGUCGCGUGAGCUUACGAUGGACGACUUAGGAUGGACCAGAGUGAACUGAAGCUGAUGUGUGACCUCCGCUUCCUCCAGCAUCGGCUCGUCGAUCCAGAUCGCCGUCGGUGUCAUCCCUUUGCUCGUCGUCGUCGGCUGGGCUAUUGGCCAGAACCUCACGCUUUACUUUGAAACGUUCGAGACUAUCAUUUUGUUCAUCUCGAUCUACCUCGUCAACUGCUUGGUCCAGGAUGGAAAGUCCAACUGGCUUGGUGAGUCUUCUUCGCAGACAGAUCUGUGUCGUUUCGGUUGUGGGACAAUGAGCUGACUGUUCGACGUUGACUUGCAGAGGGUAUGAUGCUCGUCGCACUCUAUGCCAUCAUUGCCUUGUCCUUCUGGUGA